CCCCUGUAACCACCUGUCCGGUGUCACCUGCUGCCUGGGCAGUGCCACCCUGCUGUUCCGUGCCACCCCCAGCCUUUCCCUACCACCUCCUGUCCGGUGCCACUCCCUGCCUGGCCCGUGUCAACCCCUGCCAGCCCCGUGUCACACACUCUCCAGUGCCACCCACUGCCUCCCYUGUGCCACCUCCUGCCGGUGCCAUCCCCUGCUUGUCCCAUGUUCCCCUGUGCCACCUUCUGCCCGUUUGGCGCCACAUGCGGACACCUCCUGCCUGCCCCGUGCUACCCUGUGCCACUCCUUGCCCUAUCCUGCCACCAUUCCCUUCCUGCCGGUGCCACCCCCUGCCUGUCCCGUGCCACCUCCUGCCCGAUGCCAUCCCGUCCGUGUCCUCCUGCUCCCGCGGCUGCCCUAGCAUGCCCCACGCCCUGUCCAGGUGUCCAGSGGGACAGCCACCCUGCCCCCAGCACAUGGCCAACAAGCGCCGGCCUUCCUGCCUUCCGUGGGGCGAUGCUCCCGUCCCCUUCCUCCCGGGGAUGUCCCCGGGCAGCGGGGGGCUGUGGGCUCCCCAAAACCGGCGGCAGCAGCCCCGGCUGCCCUCUCCUGCCCAGGACAGCGUGUUAUGAACCAUGGCACUCACCCUCCUGGCAGACAUCAGCACGUUCCCCCGCUCACCGCCCCUCACCAGCGCUCCUACCUGUCCGUGCCACGCUCAUCCCUCGUUCCUCUUUGCCCACGCGGUCCCGUGUCCACUGCCCAAGCCCCGGGUGGCUCCAGCUCCUGCUGUGCCCCCCGCCUGUCCCCRCAACAGCGCGGGCUGUGGGGCAGCGGCUCCUGACAAAGGCACUGCGUUACCUCUGCCUGGCGGAGGCUGAAUUUCAGCUUCCAACAGACCCCAGCUGGAAGCGCUSGCCUCGGCAGCGCUGUCGGAGCCCGCCGUCUGCAGCGGGGUCUGUCCCUCCCUCCCUCCCUCCUGGCAAGAGGUGGGGAARGGGGACCCGGCUCCUGCGGUUUUGUGCUCGUCUCUGCAGGCCCCCCGUUCCCGGAGCCCGGCAGGGCUGGCACAGGCUCGGUUUGGCUCUCUGCUGUGUCUAAACAGGCUCCUGGCUCUUCUCCUUGCAGAAGAAAACUUCUUACAACCUUCUAAAGCCCCGGAGAAGCAGRAGGCGCGUUGGAAAACGGGAGGUCCUGGGAUUUAUUAUUUUUUACAAUCUCAUCAUUUUGGGCCUGACUCACGGCUUUUGAAUGUUUGGGAUGGGCAGCCAAGGGGGAAAGUAAGCUUGCUCGGCACAAGCCAGGCAGGAGGGACAGACAUCUGUGCGGUGACAAGGCGACAGAGGGGGCCGUCGUCCUGCCUCCAGCUCCUCCAGCUCCUCUCCAUCCUCGCCAGGCUCGGGCUGCUCCCGGACCCCGCAGGGCAGGUGGGGCUGCCCCACAGCGGCAUCCCCCGCUCGCCAGGAUGGCGCAGGAGGCAGCCCCCGUCCUGCUGCUCGUCCUUGCCAGGCUGGUGUCAUCCACGUGGCAUGAAGGGUCUGGCUACUACCUGGAGAGUCACACCAACGAGGUGUACGCAGAAGAACCGCCCCCCGAGCCUGCCCUGGAUUACCGUCGAGUGCCCCAGUGGUGCGCCACGCUCAACAUCCACCGCGGAGAGGCCACUUGCUACUCCCCCCGGGGCAGCUCGUACCGCAGCAGCCUGGGGACACGCUGCGAGCUGAGCUGCACCCGUGGGUACCGCCUGGUGGGUCCCAGCGCUGUCCAGUGCCUGCCCAGCCGCCACUGGUCCGGGAUGGCAUACUGCCGCCAAAUCCGGUGCCACGUGCUGCCGGCGGUGCUGCGGGGCUCCUACGUGUGCUCGGCGGGCRUGCAGAUGGAUUCGCGCUGUGACUACACCUGCCAGCCCGGCUACCAGCUGGAGGGAGACCGGAGCCGCAUCUGCAUGGARGACGGGCGCUGGAGCGGCAGCGAGCCGAUCUGUGUAGAUGUGGAGCCUCCCAAGAUCCGCUGUCCGGACUCGCGGGAGCGCAUAGCAGAGCCAGGCAAGCUGACCGCCACCGUCUACUGGGACCCUCCCCGCGUCAGGGACUCUGCUGACGGUGUCAUCAAGAGGGUGAUGCUGCGGGGCCCAGAGCCCGGCUCYGAAUUCCCUGAAGGAGAGCAUGUGAUCCGCUACACCGCCCACGACCAGGCUUACAACCGAGCCAGCUGCAAGUUCAGCAUCCGCGUCCAAGUGAGGCGCUGCCCUGUCCUCAAGGCUCCGCAGAACGGGUACAUCUCCUGCACCUCCGACGGCAACAACUACGGGGCCACYUGCGAGUACCUGUGCGACGGGGGCUACGAGCGCCAGGGCACCUCGCUGCGCGUCUGCCAGUCCACCCAGCAGUGGACGGGCUCCCAGCCCCUCUGCACGCCCAUGCAGAUCAACACAGAUGUGAACUCGGCYGCCAGCCUGCUGGAUCAGUUCCACGAGAAACGCCGCCUCUUGGUCAUCUCGGCMCCCGACCCCUCGAACCGCUACUACAAGAUGCAGAUCUCCAUGCUGCAGCAAGCUGCCUGCGGGCUGGACCUGCGCCAUGUCACCACGGUGGAGCUGGUAGGGCAGCCCCCACAUGAGGUGGGACGCAUCCGGGAGCACCGGCUGUCCCUUGGCAUCAUCGAGGAGCUCAGGCGAUUCCUGCACCUCACACGCUCGCACUUCAACGCGGUGCUGCUGGACAAGGCGGGCGCUGACCGUGAGCGCUACAUCUCCCCGGUGAGCCCGGACGAGCUGUUCGUGUUCAUCGACACGUACCUGCUGAGCGAGCGAGAGGCGGCGCGGCGGGCACAGAGCGGGGACCCCUGCGAGUGAGCCACGCCGGGGACACCCCUCCCUGCCCUCAGGGACAGACACCUCCUUUCUGCUUUUCUAGUCGCCCACUGUAGAGGAGGAGCAGGGUGCCAAGGGCUGCGGGGAAGGGGAGCCCCUCUCUGGCUGUUCUGGCACACAGAGGUGAGYGGGGACUGUGCCAGCAGUGUCCCACUGCCCAGCAGCCAGGAGYUGUCUCCAGCCGGGGGAUGGCUCAGCCCAGCCGGGACCAUGGCAGGAGAUGCUGGAGAGCCCCUGCUCAGAUCCCGGGGCAGAGUGGGCAGAUGGAGCCAGAGGAGAUGGGCAGGCACGGAGGGCAGGCAGGCCAGCAGGGCAUCAGCCUCUGACACAGCAGCUUCAGCCWCCCCAGUGCACAGCCUGACCCGAUCCCUCCCACCCUGAACUCCCCUAUUAACAGCAGAGCCCACAGCAGCAGCCAGCCUGCAGCCCACCCCAAAGGGUUUGCCCCCUCCCCGCCACUCACACCCUCUCCCAGCACCCACGGGGAACCCUUUAUGGGAACUGCUUUGGCAGUAGAGUAUUAACUKGAAAUAAAUAACU